AUGGAUGCACCUGCCAGCAGUUCCAGCUUGACUUGCCCCCUCUCUCAAGAGUGUCGUGGUGACAUUGGCUGGUGGUGCGGCGGAGGCAGUCUAGACUUCCAGGCCACCUCAGAACCCAGGCCCUCGGUCUUUCAACACUUCAUUAACACGGAAUUGAUUGGACAGCAACAUCUGACGGUUGCGGCCGUUCUUCUCUUGUUCUCCUCUUGCUUCUACGCUUCUACGUUUCUCCCCUCGCCUCCGCCUGGUGAAGCACCACUCAGUGUCAGGAGCGACGACAAGAUGCAGAGUGGCAUCCGUCGGCUCGGGUGCGCUGGGCCUUCUCCAGCUGUUGGUUGGUUCGCAGGCGUAGUGGCAAUGUGGUUUGCCUCAAACAACUCGACCACCUUACGCAGAGAUACUACUAAACCUAGCAUAGGCGAGGACAGGACGGGACGGGACAGGGCUGGGGCUGUCAUCCACGCUGCUGGAAAGACUCCAGUUCAAGGACAGAGAGAGAGAGAGCACUGUUUAACUCCAUCGUUUUGCAUUACUAGAGGAUUACCGCAGUACAUAUAG